AUGUCUUCCCGGCUGCCACUUGGAUUCUUCGCACUUCUGGUGAUCCUCCAUGUUUGGCAGAUGCGCAAUGUCUUCGUAGGGCAUCCCGUUUCCCCGCAGCGAAGGUGCAGGAUUCAAGUAGCAGCAGCGCCAAUGGCCAAGGGGUCUCCUUUGAUGGUUGGGGCCUUGGUGGGGUAUGAGUUGAACGUUCCUGCAAAUUUCAUGCACACUGGAAUCUAUUUAGGUCCUGGCUGUGCAGAAUUGGAACAUGCAACUGGUUGUUCCAAUUUGCAACCAGACAUGCACUAUGUGAUCGAAUACAGUGGCCCCACCCGCUUCAGUGGUUCACCCCAAUCCUCCAGAGUUGGGAAAGUGAAGAGCGGAAAAGGUGGCCAAAACAUUUGGAUCACUCCAAUGGAUCCUUCAACUGAAUGGUAUGCGUUUGAGAUGUUUUCGCAACGGUAUGGUCAGCCCUACAGUGGUCCCGAGACCAAACGCCGUGCGCUAAGCAAGGUAAGCAGCCACUUUGGGGGUUACGAUGUGUUGCGGAACAACUGUCAACAUUUUGCAGUGUGGGCCCGUUAUGGCAUCAAGGCUAUGUUACUCGGGGAUGAAGGAAAGGGCACCGUUGCAAGACACCUCGCAGGCAUGGCAGCUUUCACGGCUGCUGGAAUUGCUGGCUUUACAGUCGGUGUUAUGGGCGUGUGGGCCUUAUGCCUUGGCAAUUGCGCAAGCACGACACGUCAGGGAAACCUGCCGGUUGGGUCGCAAUAUGUUGCAUCUGGCUCUCAUGCGACAUCGCGGGUUGAGCCCAGUGUUGAUGGGGUUGAUGGGGUUGAUGAAGUUGACACCAGAAACGUGCUCGAUGUGUUGGCCAAACCCUUUGAGGACCUUAUUCCCUGCAUCCACUUGGCCCUCUCCGGUUCAAGAUCCGAGCAGGCGGAGAACUCUUUGCAGUGCCUCCAGCUCCUGUUGGAUCAGCAGGUGAACCUCAUUCCUCAGGUGGACAACAGUGGCCGCAGUGGAUUGCAUGUGGCUUGUGCUCUCGGCAGCUCCCGCGGGGUUGAGCUGUUACUGGAGAAUAACGCAGACCCAGGUUUGCAAGAUGACUUUGGCUUCAUGCCCCUUCACUACGCCAUCGAUUCGCGGAAUCUGGACUGUGUGAAGCAAAUGAUCCAGGUCUCAGAUCGUAGCGCUUUCGCCGGAGAGUUGAACCCCUUCUGCCGUUGCAUCGACCGUUGCGUUUGGGACGCCGCACUGCUCCUGGGCAAACAAGGCUGGCCGUUGGCAGAGGGUGAGAUGGGCAUCAACUUCCUCUUCGACUUCGCGGCCGUGCGCGGGGUGUCGAAGGAAUGGCACUGGGUGGCUGAAGCCAUGCUGUCCUAUGAAGGUGUGAAGCUCGGUGGAGAGAUGGCACGAUGGCACCACCUGGAAGUUGGUGAUGAAAAUCCUAUCAUUUUAUGUUGA